AUGUCGGAAAAUGACGAUGACUUCAGCGCGUCCGAAGAUCCGUGCAUUCAGUUUGACGCAUCGGAGGUUGAAGAAGAGCCCCGCAGUUUCGCCCCUCAGAGACGGGAGACGCGAACGCUCAGCGCGCGAACCGAUAUCCAAGUGAGACGCAAGCUUGAGCAAUGGAAUGCGACAAAGCAAAUUCUUUCCUUGUGGCACUCCUACCUAUUGCUGAUCGUUGCUUGUGCGAUUGCUUGCUCUGUAUUGGUAGUCAUACUUUUUUGGCACGUGGACUGGUACCGGACAUACAGAGAAUCAACCGACGCGUUGGAGUUCCAGCUACACUUCCUGGCCACGUUCAUCAAAAGCUGGCUGCUAGUAAACCUUGGUAGCGAGAUCUUGCGAUUCUGUUUCCUGUUGGCAGUGGACAGCUGGCGUCAUGAUGUUUUUGAAGCAUACCGGCGCUCAUUGUGUUUUUCGUCCUUUGCAGAAAUCUCUGCUGGAACAUUUUAUGUUUGUGGCUGGCCACAGCCGCUGGGGCUUUGCCGCAAGUAUGCCGACGUGGUGUUCCAACUGCUGAUUUACGGUUCCCUAGACGUGCUGCCCAUCGUCAUGCUUGUGCUCAACAUAGUGACUUGGAGGAUUCACUACAUGUUGGCCAGCUCGCUGUUAGUUCUUGGCUGUUUACAUGUGGUGCUCUUUCUGAUGGCCUGGACAAUGGGCAAUGUGUCGCUAAAGGCCAGAGCUUUUUUGGCUGCGUGGAACAGCAACAUCCUCCGGGUUUCCCGGCUGGGGACUGGCACUCGCGUGUUGCCCAUUGGACGCUUGUCGCGCGAGACCACGCCGGCAUCCAUGCUGCCAGACCAUGAAAUUGAAAGCACCGUCGUGGCCGAAGAUCUUGAAUCUGAUUCCAGCGACGAAGAAGAGAGCAGUGACGAGGACACGGGGCAGUUGCCGAACCAGAGCUUGGAGAGCCACGGUCACGUUCUGGUCAACGAGCAUCUGGUAAAGAAAGCCGAGCAGCUGGCAGCCUGGAGUGGCGACAAGCCGCUUGAUGUUUGCGUGCCUUGUUGCGCAGCUUACCAUUUCAUUUGCAGCGUGAUGCCCCUGCUGCUGGCCCUGGCGGCGACACUCUAUGGCUUGGUCACAAGCAAAGCCGCUGUCGUUGUGAUCGGCGCCCAAGUGACCGCCAUGAUUAUCACGCUCACGCACAUAGGCAAGCCAGUGAUCCGCUCGAAGUGGAAAGACAGCUUUUGCGCCUCAGAGGCUCGCCUCCGGCAUUUGGAGGAGUGGGGGGAGAUGUUCUGCGGGCUGAAGUACAUGUCCCAGCUGAAGGCACGAGCGCCUUUGUGCCUCAUGGUCUUCUUCAUGGGCGUUCUAGCUGGGGCUCUGGAAUGGUGGUAUUCCAUGUGGUGCUGCUCAUUGAUCCUUUUGGCAUGCUUCUUUGCCCAGCUUGCGGUGCUCUUCCUGAAACCCUGGACCUGGUUGGGUGGAAUUCUGGAGAGCUUCAGUUUGACCUUGUUUUGUUUGCUUGUCUUGUGGCACAACCCGUUGCUGAAUCCGUGGCAAGAUAGCCUUCUUUUGGGAAUCCUCCUCAUUCCGCGCGAGUUUGGCUUGCAGAAGCGGUUGGCAGCAGGAGAGCGGAUACGGUCCUUGGCGCUGUUUGGACUAGGAAGCUUCCAGUUUGCCUUGAUCUGCGUCAUCUGCAACUGCAUGGCUGUGGAGCGGAAAUCCGCCACGGAUUCUAUGUUCUGCUUGAUGGGUGACCCGAAGUGCGUCUAUUAUGCUGUCGACUACCGCGGUGCUUUGGGCGGCCGGUGGCCUCUUUGUCAGAUGGAUUUUCCAAUCCACAACGGAGCAACGCUCUCAUUAGCCGACUUCGGUUUGAUGUCUGCCUUCACCUACGAACCCGCAAACGACGUGCAGAGCUUGCUGAGCCAAUACUUCCCUGGCUGGCGCGUCGCCUACGCUCACCUUCCGCUGGCUUUGAGGAAGGGGCAACAAGAUGUCCCUGACGUCACCACAUUCUUCGAAUUCGCUUCUGCAGACAAUAGUACCGCGGUUUUCGCCGUGCGCGGCACGACUGAUUUCUUCGAUGCAUUACAAGAUAUGGAUCUCUGGCUGCCAGUGUUCAUGAUGUAUAUUUUCGAAAACCUGGGCCCCAACGUUGUGAAGUUUUGGGGCCCCUCAAUUGCCUGGAUUUGUCGUCGCGUCUACAUGCUGCAGGAUGCCAGGUUCACCCUGACCUUUAUGCACCUGCUCGAGGAGGUGAAAGCGCGAAUGAAGAGCCACCCGGAUCGGAAUUUCUACAUCACUGGGCACUCUUUGGGCGGCGGCAUCGCAAAGCUCGUUGCUGCCGAAGUUCAGCGAGAAGAGCUGCAACAUGCAGGCCGGCAUGUGGAAAUGACUGCCGUGGCAUUCGCAGCACCAGGUAUUGGGGUGGCUGAAGCCCUGCUGUUCGGCGAGGACAAGCUGUCGACGAAUCGCUACACCUCAGUACGGCCGCGGCACGACAUCGUUUCUCGAAUUGAUCACAAUACGGGGGCCACCAUCCCUGCGCCCAGGUUGCCGGCGCUGCUUCGGCUCGAGGGCCUUGUUUGCCUGGAGACCCGAGAAGCGCCUUUUCCGGAGCCCGGACAGCCGGUGAGCUGCCAUCCGAUGCGCUACCACAUUGGCCAGCUUGUAGUCGUCCGCGACAGCGUGGAAGAGAACUGGCACUGUGCGAGGGUCUACCAAGUGACGCCGCAAGUUUUGGUGAAGAGACGGCCGCGAAGUACCCCAUCAAAGUUCAACUUCGUCAAGCCUUUGGAGGCCAUGGAUGACACCGAACGACACAAAGUGCUUGCCUUGGAGCAGCAGCUACGGAACCGAGAGGACGUUGGCCCUGAUCCACCUCCAAUGGGUCUUUCCGCUGAGGAGCAAGGUGCCUAUCCAGUCAUUUCUGCAAGGGCAAACUCUGCUUUCCUCAACUUAAUCCUACUCAUUGGCAGCCUGAGCCCUGUGAUCCUGAACAACCUGUGGCUGAUGAGUGCCAACGCGGUGAAUGCCGGGGAUGGGCGCCAGCAGUUUUGGUGGCACGCCCUGGUUUUCGACAACUACUUCAUGGUGGUCAAGGGCAUGAUGUUUGCCGCGUUCUUUUAUGCCUUCCUGCCGCGACCAGCGAGAGGCCAUAUCAAGCUUGUCUACAUGCUUCUGGCGUUCAUGUGGCCGCUGCUCUCUUUUGCCAUCCAUCUGCUUUGGCUCGGGAUGGAUUCUGUCGACGACUCGGGCAACUCAUGGGGUCUCAUGAAGCUCAACUUCCCCAUCGGAGCAUCGACAGCCGUGCUAACCUGGAUGCCGGUGUGCCUUCAUGUACAGUAUGCGCGAGAUGAACGAUUCUUUGCCUUGAAGCGAUUCGUGGUCAUCGUUGUCAUCCUCGUUGCAGACCUUAUCUUUAUAAGCUCUUCCCACCUUGUCCUGCUCCUCUUCAAGUCAUUCAAAGAUGGAAACUUUGGUCUCAUGGAGUCGGGCGUGGAAGGUUUGGUGGAGCUGCUCUUCUUGCUUGGCUUCACACAAGUUUAUAUGCCAUUUCUGGGCAAAGUUUGGCAAAUUGGGCUCCUGCUUUUCGACACUUUGGCCCCGAUGGAUGACUUACAAAGGCAACGCAUGCUGUAUUUCGCCACAGUGAUCUUGGACAUGCACCGCUAUAUGUACGUCCGGGAAAUGAUGUACAUGACAGGGAGCCUCCCAGUCGUGGUUUUCAUGGUCGUUAAGGACUUCCUUUACGACGUGUACCAUUUUGGUAUCUCCUCUUCACCGGCCCUGCAGUCCGUGAUGCUUAUGGGCAUCCCCAAAUGGAAGCUCUUGCUGGGCACCAGUGAGGCUCGGGCGGCGACGUCACGAUGCUACGAGGCUCUCGUGGUCGUCAUCGGCGUCUGUGCUGACUUCUUAGAGCUCCCCAAACGGGCGACGUGUGUUUUCACCUGGACCAUCGAUUGUGGAUAUCCCGAGAAGACAACCACCGCCAACUUCUGUUUCGCAGAGACCCGCGUGAAGCUCGUGAAUGUGCCUACAGAGUUCGGGUCCAGAUUCAGGGAUUGGGCCAUGAAGAUGGCCAAAGAGCGAAAGCAAAACCUGUCCAUCCUGACACAUACCGAGAAGUCUUCCUUUGACACUACCCUUGCCCGUGAUGCCGUCGAGAAGAGCAACGGUGAAUGGCGAUCGGUUUGGCAUGGUUUCCAGGAUCCUGGUCGCUUCAGCUUUUACCAGUUCAUGACGGUGCAGCUGGGGGGGAUCAUGUUCUGCCGAUACCGAGCCCGCAUCAUCAUCAAGAUCGCUAGCAGUUUGAUGCUCCUGGCCGCCGGCACCUUGAUCCGAUUGACACCGUCAAAGGAGGUUCUGAACCGAGUCCAUGACCACACCAAGCCGCGCGAGUUGAUUGAAUGGAUCGUUCCAGCCAGCAUGCUGUUCUGUGACAUCUGCGAGCUGAUUCUGGUUCAAUGUUUGCAAGAUGGGGACAUGGCGUCCAUGGACUACAAGCUGAAGCGAUUUGCCCGUCUCUUCAGCGACCCUGUCUUCGUGGGGAUGGUCAUGAGUUGUCAUGUUUGCUGCAACAGCGACUUGUACAUCACUUUCGCUGAGCUAAAAUUCGGUGCCUAG